UGAACAGUAUGAGCUUUUAUUUUGAAAGACCGAUGGCAGCGUUAUCUUGUUUGUCACUACCUCCGCUGAGCAGUGAGCACGGGACGUGGUCGGAUUGGAGGUGAAAGAAGAUUGCAACAUAGCAGUUAAUAAGGGGAGGAUCUGUGCACCGAGCGGCACAGUGAAAGCGCAACAACAUUAGCAGUGGAAAGUUCACUGGGACUCAGUUCAGCGGAAGUGGAGCUCGAGCAAAGUCAGUUUGCACAACAGGUGUCAGUAGUUGUGUUGGCUCCCUGUUUCCACCCUCUGAAGUGGUUCAGAAAAGUGAGUAGAAAAGUUUUCGUCGGUUAGAAGGGUAACAACAUGUCAAACCUCCGACCCAGACUGUGUGUGCUGGAGAAAGGAUCCAGCGGCUACGGGUUCCACCUGCACGGGGAGAAGGGCAAGACCGGGCAGUUUAUCAGGCUCGUGGAGCCCGACACUCCUGCCUCCGCGGCCGGGCUUCUGGCUGGCGACCGCCUGGUGUUCGUGAAUGGAGAGAGCGUGGAGGGCGAGAGCCAUCAGCAAGUGGUCGCCAGGAUACGGUCCACAACGGGGGCUCUGGAGAUUAUCGUGGUGGACGACGAGACGGCUGAGCUGCUGAAGAAACACAACCUGCAGUGCCGGAAAGACUUCGUCACGGAGGGGAUUCCCCUGCCCGGGGGGGACAGCGACUCUGACCGCGGGGACUCACAGAGCAACGGUACCCCGAGGGAGUCCAGCCCUGCCCCGCCUGAGAACGGGGAUGCUUCCUCGGAGAGCUCGGACAGGUCGGGGAGGCUGAGUGUCAGCUCCAGCACCAAGGAGAGAGGCGGGCUGCGGCCGCGGCUCUGCCACAUGAAGAAGGGAACCAGCGGCUACGGCUUCAACCUGCACAGCGAGAAGUCCAAACCGGGCCAGUUCAUCCGAGCUGUGGACGAAGACUCUCCGGCACAGAGAGCAGGCCUCCGACCACAGGACAAGAUCAUCCAGGUGAAUGGCCUGUCAGUGAUUGGCCUGCAGCACUCUGAGGUGGUCGCAGCCAUCAAAGCAGGAGGAGACUCUACCUCGCUGCUGGUGGUGGAUGCAGAGUCUGAGGAGUUCUUUAAGAGAUGCGGAGUCCUGCCCACUGAGGCACACGUCACCGGACCUCUUCCUGAGCCAGCAUCAGAAAAGGAGGCGGCCGCCCAGGUGAAGCCCAAGGUGUCGGUGAGCUCGUCAGCCUCCAGUGCGUCCUCCACCGCCUCGCUGCCAGCAGAGGUGGAGCGGGCCCCGAGGACGGCCCCAGCAGCUGACAGCCUGGGUCUGAGCAUGUCGCUGGCCGAGGCCAAAGAGAAAGCCCGGCAGAAACGAGCUGCCAAGAAAGCCCCGACCAUGGACUGGAGCAAGAGGAACGAACUGUUCAGCAACCUAUAAUCAUCAUAAUCAUCAUCAUCAUCAUCAUCAUCUUCAGGUCCACCCUGACCGUCUUACCGCCCUGUGUUCGCUCGCUGGAUUUGGUUUUAACUUUGACCAACACAAUGUUCAUUUAGAACAUUUUGAACUCAUCUUAAACAGUAUUAUUUGAUGAUUUUAUUUGUUUUAAUUUAGUUUUGCCACUUUUUCUUUCACGUUUUAAUAAUUGUUGACGUCACACACACAGGAAUGAAUUUUAAUAUAUUAAGAAUGUUUUAAAGAGUGAAUAAAUUGUAAUGGACAGUUUGUCAAAUGAAAAGGACCAUUUAAGGAAUAAUGGGGCAUAGGGAAAAAUGUAUUCUUGGCAGAUUUUGAGUGUAAAUGUUAAAUCUACAGUUGGAACAAAUGUCAGAUUUUGAUGUCUGCAAUCAGCAACUAGAAUGAAAGAAUCUCCAUUAUCUCUGCUCAGUAUCUGUGAGUGAUCAACUCUGAAUAACUCUCCCGAGCCCUUGUUGUCAGCAGUGUGUUAAAAGUCUUCAGAUGGUUGAAGGGACUGUGUAGUUUGUAGAACCAUUAAAGCUCCGGUAGCCUUAAGCCUGAUUUAUACUUCUAUGUAAAAUCUACGCCCCUACGCCGUAGCCUGACGCGCAGCUCUUGGAAAAUGUAACUACACGUCGCGGCGACUCACGUCGUGGCUUGAUAGCGUUGCAUUUCCACCCGACUCAUUUCCUGCUUCUCCUUCUCCAUAAACAACAUGAAAUCAAGGAGAGGGUUAACUUUUCCUGCUCCAGAUUUCCCACCGUGGUCAGAAAGAACAGGGGAGACACUUUGUUCCUCUCACUAUGAUGCUACUGCGCACCGUCUCUCUCUCCCUCGCUCUCACACACUCCCCACACACACGCCGGCCCUGCUAUUCUCUUAAAGAGAUCGACACACACACCAACGUACAAGUAUAAACUUCAGGCCACUUACGUAGGCUACGGUGAAAGAUCUGCGUGGAGCCUCCACACAACCAUAAAUCACGCUUUACUGCAAACAACUUGUCACGUCUGUCCAGUUAUCUUUCUCUCUGUCAUCUUAUGACUCUUGGACAUUACAGAUUAUUUUUUCAUGUUGCUCUUGAUAGAUGAAUGUACAUACAUAAAUAAAAAUGAUUUAAGAGAACAUGUUAUGAGAGAAAUUAAGCUUCUUACUAAGUGGUGUUGAUUCUGCUGAAAGCUGCAUCAGAAUGGGAGACUGUGUGCAGGGGAACUGAUGCUGCAGAAUGAACUGAUGAGCAUUCACAAUUAUAACCUUUUGGAUCAAA